AUGCUGCCCAACCGGAGCAAUACGAACAACAGUAUAGAUAGCAAUGAGGAUAAGAAGGAGGAAUUUAAAAAAGAUCCCAUGGAGAGGAGUAAACUCCACUCCUCCGUGGACCUUCACCCUGUUGCCCCACAGGCACCAAUAUCAUUAAUAUCAUCAUCAACCAUCACAGCAACUGCAGUAACAUCAUCUUCCUCAUCUUCGUCAGCAAUAAUAAUAAUAGGACCACGACCAGCAAUUACUCCACUGCAAUUACCAUCCACAGAGGCUCCUAGUUCACUGCAUUCAUUUACUGAAGUUGGGGCCCUACAAGGGUGUUCUGAUUCAGGACUAGGACGUAGUGUAGAUAGUAGAGGUAAUGGAAUACUUCCAUUAGAUAAUACAAUGCGUUUCUCUAGAGAUUCACAGAUUGGAAUGAAUUUAUCCGCUCGACUAACUUCUCCACGUUUUUCUCAGACAGGUGUGGGAACUGUAGUAAUAUCAAAAACAACAACAGCUCCAUCACCAAGUGAAACAGUCUUGCGUCAAAAAUGGAAUUCCGUGGCAAAGGAGUGUCAACGUCAUCAACAAACUUCACCAAUGAAGAUUAAGUCUCCAACAAAGAUAAAUGAAGAAGAUGUGAUGGCAGCUAAUUCGAGUUAUUUAGGAGUUCCUAGUAUUCAAAGAGGGAGUUUCGCAACUUAUAUAUUCACUCGAAAUGAGGAGAAUAACCUGAGGUGUUCACCACCACUGGAGUCUAUUCUAUACUCUUCUAAAGGUGAGGAAGAGGAGACUGUUACCUCAGCUUCUAAAAAUGUUCCUACAGAAACUGUUGAUGCUACUGUUAAUAUUAUGAAGAAGGAAGAAACUAAUAAUAAUAAUAAUAAUAAUAAUAAUAAUAAUAAUAAUAAUAAUAGUGUAUGUGAACAAAGUGCACAAGUAGCUACAAGACAGGAAGCAGAACAAUUGGAUGUGCAACUUUUCAAUAGAUCCCUUAAUAGUACUUCACGACACUCUCAUCAAAUAUCAGAUGGUGUGGUUCAAGGCUGUACUUCUCAACGAGGAAGUGUUUGCGCAAGUCUAAGGUGUAGUACUGGACAACGAGCUAGUGGUUGGGAUUUUAAUAAUAAUAAUAAUAAUAAUAAAAUUGAAAAUGAUUCAAUUAUAAAUUUACAAGAUAACUAUCAGGUGCAGGGUACUCUUAUAAAUGAUCAAGAGAGCAGUUGUAGAGAUUCCUCAAUGCCUACCGUUAGGUAUGAAUUUAUAAAAAUACGAAAAAAUGGUAAAGAUUAUCAGAAUGAUCCUAGAGAUGAAUUAGAUGAUUUUGAUGAGGAUAUUUCUUGUUCUCAUUGCUGUUGUUGUUGUUAUUAUUAUUGUUGUUGUUUUUGUUUUUCUUCCACUUCUCGUGAGGAUAUGGUUUCCCAUCAACGGAUCCUUUCUGAAAGUGAGGACUCUUUAACUGAACGAGAACCAGGUAUAAUAAUUCAUCAAGGACAAAAACCUUUUAGACGAUAUUACGUUUGUUGUUUUAAAUGCCGUUUAUUUCGAAGAAUAAUUUCUCUCAUUUAUUUUAUGAAUGUCUUUUCAGGAAAUGAGAUUUCAUUCGUUUCCAAAAUAUUCUGUGGAGUUAAUUAUAUUGCCUGUAUGUUAAUGAUCAUAGCUGUAUCCCUUAUUCUAGGAACACUUCUACAUAUUCCACAUGAAACGAUGAUAAAGGAUGGAUCUGUAUGUAAUGGGACCCGAUUACAAGAUGUAAUGACUCCUGAUAUUUCUCUUAGUUUAUUCUGUUUUCUUUUUAAUGGUUUAAUGGUGGUUUGUUUUGUGGUUCGUACAGUUCGUUAUGAGAAUGCUCGGCUUUUAUGGUGUCAUUUUAUUACAGUACUUCUUCAAAUGAGUCGUGUAAUGUAUUUUACACUUACCACAGAUGCGGAUUAUCUUUCUAAUGUGAUGACCGUAACGGUAUGUGUAUUACUUCUCAUACAUGCGGGUUUAUUAUUAUUAUCAUGUGGAUUAUAUAUAUGUGUGAUUCGUAGUUUUGGUUGGCGUACCUUUAUGAAGGGCAUUACACGUACACAAUCUUUACAACAACGACAACGUUGGAUGUCUAUUCAAUCCUGUGUAGAAUUGGAUAUACUCUGUACAGUGAAUGCCGUUCUUGCCGUGGGAUACACCGUCGAUCAUAAGGUGGAACAUAUAUUAAAUACAGUUAUUGUAAUUAUCUCUAUUCUAGCGGCAUUUAUAUUUACAACGAUGUUACGUCGACGGGCGUAUUGGUUUUUUCUCAUCUUUACACUUGUGAUUUCAUCAUCUGCGGCAUUUUAUUCUUUUGUGGUGACUGGAGCUGUGCAGCGAUACUUUGUGCAUAGUCCAAAUAAGGAAUUUACAGCAAGUCACUGUUAUGCACCGGCACUGCAAAAGUGUUUAUGGGAGAAGAAUAUGCGAAUAAUACCAGCGGCGAGUGAAAUGGGCCGUACAUGUUAUUAUCCUGUGAAUAAUAAUAAUAAUAAUAAUAAUAAUAAUGAUAAUAAUAAUAGGAAUAUAUUGAUUCCUUCACAUACUAUGAUGAAAAAGAAGGAGAAUGAGGAUUGUGUGGAGUCUCUAUUUAAGGAGAGACAUGACUGUUGUGUUUUGUACGGCCAUUGUCGAUUGAAGGAGGCGGUGCGGCGGUAUAGUACCAUUCAUUUGGCCGUAUUAACAGUAAUCAUGACAGUAGUGAGGAUUGUACUCUUGCGAUUGGGCUAUCAAUAUCUCAACAGGCAAACAGAUACUACUAAUACUACUACUACUACUAAUAGUAAUAAUAGUAAUAAUAGUAGUAGUAAUAAUAAUAGUAAGAAUAACAGGAAUAAUGACUGUACGGAUGUGUUGGGGAAAGUGAACUACACAGAUAUGAGUAAAGAGCCAUUAUUGGGGGGAAACUACAAGAGACAUGAGCCGCAUGUAAACAAACAAACAAACAACAAUAACAGUAAGUAA